GCUGUCCAAAAAUCUGUGACCGACGACAGCCUUUGGCUCAAUCCAAGCUGUGGGGCUGUGGGGCUCGCCCUUCGGUCGCGUCGCCAUGCCCGGCAGGGGCUGUCAGAUGGAGAGUAUGUUUGCGGAGUCCUUGAAGUUGGGCUGCUGCGAAGUUGAUUUGGCUUUUCUGAAGAAGAAGUCCCGGAAAUUGUGUGGAUCCAGCGAGGUUCCAGUCGACCCAGAAAUUACCGUCAAGGUGGUCAAGGGCGAAGUCGAUGGCCUGGUCUAUGAGUGGGACUUGCAGGACAGUUGGCCCAUCCACUUCAGCAAGGCGCGGCUUCAGAUCCUCUCUUUUGCUGACUUGGAAGUCACCGAAGUUUCCAGGAACAGGACACUGGUUCGCAUGCGACCCGAAGUGCUGCAAGUGCAAACUGGGUCGCAAAUUUGGGAUCACAAGGCCAGUCGCCGCGGCUUAAGCGAGUGGCACAGUGGCGCGAUGGCACAGACAGUGCUACCUCCAGGAUUUCAGGUGGAGGAACUGUUGGUGGUUCACGAGCUGCUGCUGAAGCAUUCCCUUCACAAGGCAUGGUCAACCGAAGAACAUCGGUGCCAUCAACGGCCCGGUGGGCCCGUGCGGGCCGUGCGGGGUCUCCGCAGGCCUUGCUAGGGGGCCACUUUAGAGGUACGAGGUGAUGCGGUCGGGAUCGACCGCAGGCUUCGGUAGGGGGGUGAAGGUUGCUAAGUCUUGGAUUUUAUAUGUUUGUCUAUUAAUUUGUUUGUUUAUUUUUUUGGAUGAUGUUCUAGUCUUUAGAUCAUUAUGAUCAUUCGAGAUGUUGGGGGGUCUUCAAAUGAAUCUUUAUCCACUGAGUUUUUGCAAAGUUUAGCCAACACGCUUUUCACAACCUGCCAGUGCAAGCCUUGGUGUUUGUAGGACGACCCAGUUCUGAAAGGCGAUGCUUGAGCGGGCUGGUGCGUCUAACGCAGGCCUGGGACGAUCAACGGCUAUUCACCAGCCAGGGGAACCCGGCGAAUCCUGAGGUGAAGACAAUGCUCGGACGAACUGAGCCUUCCAAGAAAUCUUCUGAAUCGAAAACCUUCGAAUCAUCAUCUUCGAAAUCUUCAACGAGAUCGUCAGAAUCUUCUGAAUCCCCCAUGAAGAGAAGACGCUGCGAACAGCUCGACCAGUGCGACCAGAUUUCCCGUGCAGAAUGACGCAAAGAAAAG